AUGAAGCUCGCGAUAGGGUCGAUCCUGCUCUGGGGCCUCUCGCUGGCCGCCAACCAGCCCAACAUCCUCUUCAUCCUCACCGAUGACCAGGGCAAGGACCAGAUCGGCGGGCUGGAAUACAUGCCGGAGCUCCAGCAAAAACUCGUCCAAAAGGGCACCUCCUACCCCAAGCACUUCUGCUCCGUGGCCGUCUGCUGCCCGUCCCGCGCCAACAUCUGGACCGGCCGCAUGCCGCACAACACCAACAUCACCGACGUCGGCCUGCCGUACGGCGGAUACCCGCGCGUGGUCAGCGCCGGCUGGAACGACAACUACCUGCCGCUCUGGAUGCAGGACGCCGGCUACGACACGUACUACGUCGGGAAGCUGUGGAACGCCCACACAGAGCAGAACUACAACAGCCCCUACGCGCGGGGCUUCAACCAGUCCGACUUUCUGCUCGACCCGUGGACGUAUCGCUACUUCCACGCGGUGAUGACGCGCAACGGCGGGAAGCCCGUGAGCUACGCGGGCAACUACUCCACAGACGUGCUGCGCGAAAAGGCGGAGGGCUUCCUCGACGACGCCCUGGCGAACCCGGACCGGCCGUGGAUGCUCACGGUGGCGCCCAACGCGCCGCACUCGAAUGGCUCGCACGAUCCGUCGCGCGAUGUCACCUGGUACGGCGAGCCGGAGUAUGCGCCGCGCCAUGCGCACCUCUUCAAGGACUAUACCAUCCCGCGCGACAAGAGCUUCAAUAAGGUGAUUGAGGGCGCCGUGGGCUGGGUUAAGGAUCUGUCGGAGCUCUCGCAGAAGGAGGUCGACUAUAUCGACGAGUUUCAGCGCUGCCGGCUGCGCGCGCUGCGGGCGGUGGACGAGAUGGUUGGGGCGCUGGUCGACAAGUUGGACAAGGCGGGUGUCCUCGAUAAUACGUAUAUCUUUUAUUCGACGGACAACGGGUACCACGCCGGACAGCAUGCGAUGCAGCCGGGGAAGAACUGCGGAUACGAUACUGAUAUCCAUGUGCCGUUGAUUGUCCGCGGUCCCGGAAUCCCCCAGAACGAGACGUUGAAUGUAGUCACCAGCCAUACGGAUCUGGCGCCGACCUUCCUGUCCAUUGCAGGGACGACACGGAACGGACUCGAUGGCAAGCGUCUUCCGACGACGGUGGAAGCUAGCCAGGCUUCCAACAAGACGGAGCAUGUGGCGAUAGAAUACUGGGGACUGGCGGUGCCGGAAGGAAUCUACGGAUACAAGAGCAACAAGCUCCAGCAAGAAGGCAACAGCUACAAGAACAACACCUACAAAGGGAUCCGCCUGGUUUCAGACGACUACAGUCUGUACUAUUCUGUCUGGUGUACGAAUGAUGUAGAAUUCUAUAACCUCAAGGAUGAUCCCUCUCAGACCAUCAACCUCGCCGCCGACACUUCCGCCCACCAGGGCUACACGAUCGCCAGCCGCUCACUAGACCAGAUCCUUCCCCGUCUGGACGCACUGAUGAUGGUGCUGAAAUCCUGCAAUGAGGAUUCGUGCCGUCACCCGUGGCACCAGCUGCAUCCCGGUGGCCAAGUCAACAGCCUUGCGGACGCGCUAGACUCAUCGUACGAUAAAUUUUACGCCAAUCAGCCCAAGGUGUCGUUCUCGGAGUGCAGUGUGGGAUACCACAUCUGGGCUGAAGGCCCGCAGAAGUAUAACGUGUUCGGGGGAGGCAGAGGAGGCGGCCAGAAAGGUGAGACACGGCAGGCUGAUGUGAUAGACGGCCAGAAACACAGCUCCGCGGCGCGAACGUCUUGGGAUGAUCAGUGA